AACAUAUAAUUAUUAAUCAAUUAAUAAGCUAACCUAAUAACACAGUCAAAACAAGAGAUGAGAUUCAUUUGUGCAAAGAAACAAUGAGGGAAGGAGGAGGAGGAGGACAAGGAGCAGAGGCAAAUCAGGGGAACAAGAGAAGGCCAUGGAUGAGAUUAGAGGUUAGUGGUGGUGGGAUCCUUGUUAUUGGUGGUGUUAUCAUAGCUGCAGCUUGGGCUGCCCGUAGAAGCCAUGUUCAUAAGCAAAGGAACAACAGGAAGACAACUGCAGGGUCAGAUUAUGAACAGUAUCAUAAAGAGAAGGAAGAGGAGGUGAAAGAUGGCAGCAUAAUCAAUGGGUAUGGGGAGAUCACAGUUGUUGAUGGUUUGGUGGAAAUCAAGAAAGAGGCUGGAUCCAUGACUGAGGUUGAUGAAAAAUUGUGCUUAUGCCAAAGUCAUACAGAGGAAAGAGAAGAAUGGAAGGAGGAAGCAGUGUCUGUUGUCGGAUUGAAAGCAUAUGAGAGAGUGGAAAAUCAAGAUGACAGACAACAAGUUGGUGAAGAAAAAGUAAGUGCAUGCGCUGUAGAUGAAAAGAUGAAAAAAGAAAAAGAAGAUGAUGCUUGUAAUGGAGUAGGAGAAGGGGAGGGGGACCAGGUUACAGUGAAUGACCAUGGUCAAGAAGAAGACCAAUUGUCUGAUGAGAUGUUGUUUGUCCAUUCUUGCAACCAAGUAGUUAUCCAUGUUGAAGAUGAUAAUAAGCAAAUAGAUGAAGAAGAACAGAUGGAAGCCAAUACAAAGUUAGUGGUCAAUGAUGAAGUAUUAGGAGAGAAGGAAUCAUGUGGAGAGGAAACAGAGCCAGUUGUUGAGGAGCUUGGGAAAGGAGAAGAGGGAUUUCAACCAAAUGAAACCAAUAAAGAGGAAGGAGAGCUGUCAUCUUCAACCUAUGUUGUGCUAAAAGAUGAAGUGGAACAAGGUGAAUGUGAUUGCAGAGAAAAAGGUUGCAACUCUAAGAAGGAAGAAGAACCAACAAUUGAAUCCUAUCAAGACAAAACUAAGCCACUUGCUGAGAAAGGAGAAGGUCAAUGCAAUGAAACCAAUGCAAAGAAAGGAGGGUCAUUCUUCAACAAUGCUAUGAUAAUAGACAAAGAACCUGAUGCAGAGUCUGUUGCAAAUAUUGAAGAACAAGAAGAAUGUGAAUGCAAUCAAAGAGGGGAAGAACAGGCUACUGAAUCCUAUGAAGAGGAAACAGAACCACUUGUUAAGGAGGAGUUUCUCCAUGGAGAGCCAGCUGUGAACACUGAAGAAGUGCAAGUAGAUGAAUGGGAUGCAAAAGAAGAAGCAGCUACUGAAUCCUGUGAACAGGGAACAGGUUCAUCUGAUAACUCUGGAGCUUCAUCUACAGAGAAUGAAGAUGCAGUAUGGCCUGCUGAAGUGUUACAACAAGAUGAAACUAAAGCAGGACAAUUAGCCACAACCAUGCAGAACAGGCAGAUGAUGAUGAUGAUGAUGAUGACUAUGGAGAAAAAGAAAGGGAAGACAUUUUUCAUUUAUAUGAACCACUCCCUUCUGGUUCUCGCCAUAGCUCUGGCUCUUGCGCUUCUCUCUUUUCAUCUUUCUAAACACACUGUAUAUUGAACUACAAAAUGCACCCAACUUUUUUCUGCA